AUGGGACGGAAGCACAAGCGUCGCCUGAUACCGGAACAGGAUCGCAGGAUAUGCGGCAGCAUCUGCUUCUGUCAGUUCACCAUUGUCAUCAGCUGCGUCGCGCUGGUUUAUCUAAGCGUCGCGAUCUACAUGCCUUCCCACAGAGCCUUUCACGCGGGGAUCGAGCCGGAUCCAGUCAUGUGCCAAACCAUUGAUACCACCUUAGCUAAUAAUUGUGUUUGGGCGAGUUGCGGGGAGUGGUGCUUAACGAGAACCACCGGAUUCUGCCCCCAGAUUUACGCGACCGUGAGGAGGAAUGGAACGGAGAUGGUUUUCGAGAAUUGCACGAAAUUCAACAGUAUAUCGUGCCCGCAGGUGAACGUGGCCGCCUUGAAAAAAUACAACUGCAACAACGGCAGCGAGUGUAGCGUUCUCUCGGGGGUAUUUAACUGCAACCUGGGCCAUUGCGCGAAUUUGAGCGAGCUGAUGCUCUGCCAUCACAAAGCCGAUGGGAUCGUGGUCGACAGCGAAAAGGACAACAUGAAACUGAACGGUUUCUUCAGCUGUCAGAGCUCCAGAUGCACGAAAAUCAAGACCCCCUUCAGCUGCGAUCGAUACUGCCCGAAAAUCUCCACGUCCGAUGCGAACGUGUUCCUAAUGCAAGCGGACAAUGUGAUCACCGCAAGGUGCGAACGAGGAUUGGCCUUGAACAGAGCGAACGGGAAUCUACCGGGAACUAGGCUAACCACGCCUGAAAUAAUUUGGGACAGCCAGAACGGCAGCAUAAUUGCCAGUUGUAUGGCCGUUAGCAAAGAAGGAAGAGUCAUAAGGACACAGGACUGCGUCAACGGCACCUUGUUAAAAGAGAUCACGGUGCCGCAGCCGUACAUCAAUUUUACGAGCUUUCUGAAUAUAUACGAGAAGAGCUUGCAGUAUCCCGUGGACCCGACGAACGCCUACGUGCCGGCUCAACGAUCACUCACGAUCUACAAUAGUUCCCGUCUGAACAUCAACCUCGACGGCUGCGUCAACACACUCAAGGGGGAAUGUAAAGAUUUUCUUGCCAGUCACGGCCGGGACGGCGACAAUCAGACGGCGCAGAGUAGAUACCCAUGUUACUAUAAUAAGAACGACUCGUUCUUCGUCGUGGCACGUUUCGACCUCAACAAGACGAGGACGGAAUUGCUGAUCGCGAUCAUCGUGCCGUCCGGCCUGUUCGUAAUCAGUCUGACCACGCUGGUGAUCAUCACCCGUUCGGUCCAGGUUGGCGACGACGCAAAGAUGCGUUGCCGUUACUGCGUGGACAAACAGGAGACGGAGGGCGAGGACGAGGGUCUGGUCGAGGCGACGCCCUCCUCGUCCCAAGGUCAGAUGAACGAGAACGAGAUCAAGAGCAUGGCGCUCUAG